AUGGCGACAGAUCGCUUCCCCGCCCCUCCCACGGAAGCUUCCACGUAUCUGCAGCAGGCGCCCACCAAUGGUAUUUAUACAGCCCCGUCGCACAAAAGACAGCCGUCCCAUGUCGUGAAGUCCGCUGCACCGGAUUACUACGAGGAUAACGACUUUUACGCCAACCCCAACAAUUCAAGGCCACCACCGCCCUAUCCAGCCAAUUCUAGCAGAGUUCAAAGUCAUCAUAGGUCGCGUUCAUAUUCUACCAGAAGCAAAAGCUACAGGAGAGACGUGUACCCAGAAGACAACAUGGAGGAAGGAGAAAACCUACCAUCGCCGGACCGCCCAGUAUGGUCUGAAAAACGCUCGAAAUCAUCGGCCACCAGAGCUGACAAACGUGGCGACGAGGCACUCAAGGCCUCAUUAUCCUCGAAUAGCCAGCCAUCCCCAGUAAGUCGGUCGAGCACGGUCCGCACUGCAACCGAACAGCGACGGGACUGGGCGUCUGAUCGCUCGCCGCUCCAAAAGCUCGAGGUCACUUAUACAGGCGCGAGCAAGGAGGAGAAGCGGGCACGGGCUCUAGAGGCUGAAAUGAAAUUGAAGGAACGGAUGAAGCGGCAGGCAGAAAGUCGUGCGACAGGAACGGCGCAGCCUUCGGACUCAGUAGAGAGCGUGGAUCAGAGACCAGUCCCUGGACGAACGGCUGUACCAAGACCGGCGCCGGGAGCAAAGCGAUCGCAUCACCGACAUGCAGCUUCCGAAGGGCAGACAAGAUACAGCCCCCCAGGACCAGAUUCAUCCGACAGAGCCAGACCUCCUCGCAGCAUAAUGCCACCCCCGCAAGACGCCGCAGAACGUGCUCUUGACGAGAUCCAGGACUUUAAUGGGGGCCGGUCAGAUGGACCAAUGGCACGAACGGGCAACGCUCCCAGGCGAACGGUAUCUGUGAGCCAUCCUCCCCAAGGACCACCGAUGGGCCCGCGGGCAAUGAACCAGGGCAAACAACGAGAUGCACAACCGUAUCCACCUAUCUCUGCUGCUCCGGACUCAGAUUUUCCUGAACAAUCUAGAAUGGCCGUCCCAGCCAGGAAGGCCGUUCCCAAUCAGCCCAACACCCGUGCGCCACCAGUUGCCAACCCGGCGGCUUAUCAAAAUAGGUUGCCCCCACACCUUGCCCCGGAGAGGGGGGCUUCCAUGCAGGGACCGACUACCCAGCAGGGAGUGUUGAAGAACCCUACUGGAGUAGCACCGGUCUUCCCGGCACCUGCCAAGGCUAGCGUAGACAGUGGGCUGGAUGUAAACAAUCCAAUAGUACCUCCGGCUCCGGCGGAGACAAAUGUGCCGUCCAAGCCCAAGGUCUCGUUUAACGUGCCUCCGCCGACACCCCCUCCUCUAUCUGAGUGGAGAACUGCAGCUGUAGCGAGACUGGGAGCCUCUGAUUUCGAUUUUCAACGAUUUGAUGCCGAUCGGAGUAAGGCCUGGUGGGAGACUGGCGAAAGCAGCAACCGCAGACUCAGUCGAGCCCUACCCAACAACUUUGCCCAGAAGCCGUCUGCUCAGAAGCCAACAGGUAAGCAGCCAAAGGCUAGAUCAUCAGUCCAAAGCUAUCUCAUUGCUAAUCACACAUACUAUACAGGUAACAAGCGCUUUCAGCCAUCACUCUUCUUACAAAGUGGACCUCUUCUCCGCUACGCCGGCCUGAAGCGGGUCCGAAUUGAUGGUCCCAAUGGGCCGUUUAACAAGGAGACCUGGAGAGGCAGUGUUCUUAUCGUCACACAAGACUCGCUCUCCUCCUAUGAGCCGCGCCCGACUCUGAGGGUGUUUGCCCAACCAAUGGAUCUUCUCGCUCCUCCGCCCGUCCAGGUAGGAGGCGAAGAUUCUCAACUGGCACCAGAGUACGUUGACCCAACUGCAGGGUUGAUGAAGUUGGGCCGGGACGGACGACCUCUGUAUGUCAAGCCUGUGGAGCAUACUGCGGAAGGCGAAGAUCUUUCAUUCGUUGAAAACGACGAUGGAAUUUUUGAAUUGUCCGCUAGCAUUAUGGACUACAGCAGUGAGGGUGUCAAGCAGCCUGUCCCGGCGAAUCGCAUCCACUCCAUGGACGGAGAGACUGCUGGAAGCUACAAAGAAAUCACAGGUGCCCGUCUGUAUGCUGAUCCAGGAAGGGAUGUCACGUUCUGGAAAUUUAACAUUGAGAUCGAACUGGGCCCGACUCAGCAGCGGGUCGCGUACCGUCUGAAUCAUGGACCGGCUCUAGGCUUCUGGGUGCCAGCUAGGGGACAGUCAAUGAACAUUAUGUUCCAUACCGGCAAUGGGUUCAGCCCUGCGGUGGACUCCAACAAGCUCAGCGGUCCGGACCCUCUCUGGCGAGAUGUCCUCAACGAGCACCAGACUCGUCCGUUCCACGUCAUGAUCGGUGGUGGCGACCAGAUCUUCAACGAUAAGGUGAUUGCGGAAACCGCCCACUUCCAGGAAUGGGUCAAGAUCAAGAACCUGAGUGAGAAAUACGAGGCGCCCUUCACUGCGGAGUUCAAGGCAGAACUGGAAGACUUCUACCUGGAGAAUUAUGCAUCUUGGUUUUCGCAAGGAUUGUUCUCCCUCGCCAACUCCCAGAUCCCUAUGGUCAAUAUGUGGAAUGACCAUGAGAUCAUCGAGGGAUUCGGCUCCUACCCGGAGGAGUUCAUGAACUCGCCCGUCAUCUCGGGACUGGGGAACAUUGCGUUCAAGUACUACUUGCUUUUCCAGCAUCACAGUGUCCCCGAAGAAACUGAAACCGAAGAGCCUAGCUGGCUGCUUGGUGCUAAGCCGGGGCCGUAUAUCGACCAACGCAGUCGGCAUCUUUUCAUGUCUCUAGGCGACGGAGUGGCUUUCCUCGGCUUAGAUUGUCGGACAGAACGAAUGACGGAUGAGAUCAUUUCGGAAGAAACUGGCGAACUGAUCUGGGAUAGAUGCCACCAGGAGAUUGUUCGGGGUGAAACCCGACACUUGAUCGUGUCGCUAGGUAUCCCCCUGGCGUAUCCACGAGUGGCCAUGGUCAAGAAUAUCCUCAACAGCCGCAAGUCGCUUGGAAAAGCCGGGCUUUUUGGCGGUUUGGUGAACAAGAACGGCGCCAAAGUCGAGAUCUUCGAUGAUCACUGGACGUCAAAGCGGCACAAGGCUGAGCGGACGUAUCUGAUCGAAGACCUUCAGGAUCUUGCGGCAGAGAAAUCCGUCCGGGUGACCAUAUUGAGCGGCGACGUGCAUCUGGCGGCGAUUGGCCAGUUUUACUCGAAUCCCAAGUUGGACAUACCCAAAGACCGAGACUACCGAUACAUGCCAAACGUCAUCUCUUCAGCGAUCGCCGACAUGCCCGAGACGGAAAUGAUAUCCGAUAUGCUUAACAAGCGCAACCGCGUGCAUCAUAUGAACACUAACACGGACGAGGAUAUGGUUCCCAUCUUCACUCAUGAUGUGAAUAACAAGCCCCGGAACAACAAGCGGUUGCUCCCACGCCGGAACUGGUGUUCAAUUCGGGAGUAUAAGCCAGGUACCACGCCACCCGGAACACCGCCCGAUGCCCCUGCUGAGGAAGAGCCCCGGCCCGCCAAGCUCAAGAGAACGCUGUCUCUCACUCGCGGAGAGAAACCCCCCCGGGCAGGGCUCCUUCGACGACUCUCCCUCCGGGGCCCGCCUCCUACCAAGGAUUUCAACCUGGGAGAGGCACCGCCUGCGCGUCGGAUGAGCAUGGACGGGGCAUUCCCGACUGCAGACACGGAUGAUGCAGGUGAACCCAAGCCCGGCCCGUUCCUGCGACGACCCACCAACCUCAGUCAGAAGGCGUCCAAACGGGGUGAUGAUGGGCUCGGGGCGUUGAUCAACCUGGAAGGGGGACUGGCUAUCACGCUUAAUCUCGAGCUAAACCCCAAGGAUCCGGCGGGGAUCACGACGCCAUACAAGUUACUCGUGCCAAUGUUACGCUACGAAGACAUGGAGUACGAUCCGCCUGCGGCAUCGGUGCCUAAAGGGUGGAAGAGAUGGCUUGGAGUGCGACGCAAGAAGGCCGACAAGGCGCCGGUGGAAGACACCGACGUCGAGCAGGGCAUGACAGAUGAGGAAGAUGAGGACGAUGGGUUCGAUGACGAAGAUGAUGUGCGAGCGAGGUUUGAGAUUGCUCAAGGAGGCGUGUUGCCUCCGGAGACACUCGUGCCUGUGAGUCCGGAUGCGGGAGGGAUGGGAAUGGAGCAAGAAGAAAAGGAGGUGCCUAAGCGGAAGAAGUGGUUUGGGCGAUCCAAAUAG